AAAGGCGGGGGAGUGAUGAGGAGAGGAUCGGUGAGGAAGGUGUGAUCUGUAUGGGAGAGGAGGAAGAGGUAUAUACAGCGGGUGCAGAAUAUGAAUGGGUGGGUGUGUGUGUGGGAUCAGGACAGUCUGAUGGGAGGAAUCGGAGGAAGAGAAGAGAGGGAAGGAGAAGAGAGGGGAGAGAGGGAAGGGAGAGAAGGAAGGGAGAGAGGAGAAGAGGAGAGGAGAAGAGAAGGGAAGAAAAGAGGGCGAGAAAGGAAAGACGAGAAGGAAGAGAGAAGAGAAAGAAAAAAAAGAAAAAAGAAAAAGGCUCUGUCUGUUUGUGGUAUUUGUGGCCGGAUGAUCCUCCCUUCCGCCAAUCCCCUCUCGCCCUCAGGUCCCACAGCGCAGUCUGCCUCUGCCGGUGGAUGGAUGCACCUCCCUCCGCCCGCUAAGCUCGCCUACCCGCUCACUCUCACUCUCACUCUCUCGCUCUUACUCUCUUACUCUCUCUUACUCUCUUACUCUCUUACUCUCACUCUCUUACUCUCUUUCUCUCUUUCUCUCCUCCUCCUGCCGCCUUUGCCUGCUCAGCCAGGGAGGGGCUCAUUUGCUUCCUGGCCGUUGUCCCUUCGACUGCUCUCACCAGGAAGCAAGGCCCCGGCUGUGCUCUGUAUUCCUCUCUCCAGACAGAUAUAUCCAUCUAUCCAUCCAUCAUGACUGCUAUUAUUAGGACACAAGGAAAGCAGACUACGGCCAGCUAGCCAUGAAGGGUGAGCACUCUCGCAGUCGAUCCACACCGCCCACACCGCCCACACGCCCUGCGGCUGCACC